AUGACAGAUGUCUUCCGGUCUCAGCCGGUGUCUGCGCCACCGAUGAGGUCAUCGCAAGGACUAGCUCCCAUACAGCAAGGCAAACCUCCUAUAGUGCUUGAGGAGGAGGUUGACGAAAAUUAUGAACCUACACAGGAGGAGAUCCUCGAGUACGCCGAGUGGAUCGGCAUGGACGUUGCUGUAGACAAAGACCUUUUCUGGAUCGCGAAAGAGGGUUUGAAGGCACCUCUGCCGGCCCCUUGGAAGCCCUGCCAGACUGGGGAAGGGGAUAUAUUCUACUUCAACUUUGAGACUGGACAGAGCGUCUGGGACCACCCAUGUGAUGAAUAUUAUAAGAAGCUCUUCAACGACCGCAAGCAGAGGAAGGUCACCAGUGAUGAACGGAAGAUUGACGGCAAUGAGCAAGCAACGACCGGUAAGAAAAAGAAGCACAGGGAGUCCAGUGUUGGUGGAGAAGGGACUAUUGGAUUAUCCUCGCCAUCGCUGCCUCUCGGUAGUGGUAUGAAGCCUCGUGUCGUUCCGCCACUACUGCCUGGUCUUGGAGAGCUCAAAAGGCCCUCACUGGACCUCCCCACGGCCCGGGAUGCUAUUGGAAGGUCACCACCCUUCACACACGACUUGGAUCAUGCUAGAGAGGUGUCCAAUAUGCACGCUGAGAAUGGUAGAGAGCUCGCCGCGCUCGAGGGAAAACAUGCUGCUGCUGUGGCUGCGAUGAAAGCGGAUCAGGAGAGGAUUGUGGACAAUACAAGAGUAGAGUUUAAUCGGCUUGUGUCGCAAUUGAGGGAAACUCACGAGAAGGAAAAGAAGAAACUACUGAUGGACUUUGAAAGCGAGAUGCGCUCAGAGAAGAAGAGGCUGGAGGAGCAGCUCGGGAGGGAGAGGGCGCGGCUGGAGCAGGCGAGUUGCUUUUGUGUGGCAGUGUUGCAACUCAUCGUAGUCGUCCAGGAGCUACGCAGAGCUGUCGAAGAGGAAGUGGAGGGGCAGCGAGAGAGUCUGAUGAAAGCAGCCCAGGAGCGGAUGGAGAGAGAGGUGCUCGAGAAUGAACGAUCCUGCCGGGAGGCGGAGCUAUCUGUUAUCAACGGCGAUCAUGCCAAGGAGAUAGAGCGGCUGGUGGAAGAACACUGCACGGCGGUUCGUAAACUACGACAGCAGCAGGAAGGAGAGAUUCAACGUAUCAGGACAGAGCAUCAGCGUGUGCUCAGUGGAGUACAAGCGGACGAGGAACGACAGCAUACGUCAACUGCGGGGGAGGAAGUGGAUCGUCGAGAUAUCGAAUCUCGCAUAGAGCGGGAAAUUCGACCUGAGAUGGAGCGACGCCUUCGAUUGGAAAUGGCAUGCAAAGUUGAAGCGGAGGUUCGGCCGAUGAUUGAGCGAGAUGUGCGCCAGGAGGUGGAGGAGGCGAAUGCCUGUCGGAGAGAGGAAAUCGAGCAUGAACUAAGGCACGAAAUCGAGUUGGAACUGAAGCAAAGUGGGGAUGUUAUUGAGGCGGUAAGACAAGACCUUCGCUGUGAACUUCGUGGUCCAAUAGAAGAGGAGCUCCGUGCAGCUCUAGAAGCGCAGCUGAGAGAAGAUAUACGGCGAGAGCUCGAGAGUGAGAUGAAGUCGUUGAGGACGGAGUUUGAGAAGGAGGUCCAAGCCACUGUGGGAGAGGGGGCGCUCUCUUUGCGAGGAAGUUCGGUCCUUCUGGAUCUGCCCGACCUGUCCGCGAUAAGCAAUUAUGAAGGGCAGAGAGAGUCUCGCGUGAGUGGGGAUUUUGAGGGGAUACUUCGAAUCCUGGGGGAAAGGCAAAGGCAACUCGAGACGCGCGAAAAUGAUGCCGCAGAGGCGCUGUCUGAGAAGGAGGAGAGGAUUGCUGCAGCGCUACGACGGCUUCAUGAGACUCGAGAGCAGCUCAUAUUGACCGAGGCUGAUGCCACUGAGAAGGGGCAUGAGAUAGCGAGAUUGAGACGUGAGCUGAGCAGUCGGGAGAAGAUGACGACAGCACUGAGGGACCAGGUUGCGUUGUUGGAGGCUGAGGUGGAGACCGAGAAGCGGAAUGCUCAAGCGAGCGGGUCGGAAGCUAUGCGAGAGGUGAGAAGACGCCAAAGGCUUUUGGAUGAACGGGAGACUGAGUUGGAGGUGAAGGAGAUCAGGCAAGGCGAGGUCAUGGCUCACCUGAGGGCCAGAGAGGCAGCUUUGAUGACUGAGAAGAAGCGGCUCCAAGAUGAUGCGAAUAAGCUGGAGGCUGAGGCGGCGGAGAUCGCAACAAUGCAGCGGACGUUGAAGAGUAUAACUCAUGAAGUUAAGCACGCACAGGAGAUUUACUCGCCACCAGGGGUAAGGGAACCUCCGAUGACCUCGAGACCGGCUACUGAUGAAGUUAUUAUGACGGAGCUGGGUGAAAUCAAAUCGGCCAUAGUUCAGUUGUCAGCUCGGGGCGCUAGACCGUUCGGAACACGCAACAGUUCCUCACACAUGCGCUCGGACAAGGCGACCGAUAGCGACACUGCUCCGGAAAGUUGCAAGGAGAAAGAGGAUGGGUUCAUCCAUUGGUUAUGCGCUGAGAGAGAGGCAAUAGGAGCUGCUAAGAAGCGAGUUGCUGCAGAGCAUGCUAUGUGCAGGGCGGAGAGAUCUCGACUUGAGAUGGAGAGGCAAAUAUGGAGGGAUCGAAUGAGAGAGGCGAAGCGUAACGGAGACCACAGGGCUAAGGGGGAGCUGAUGCGAGCCAAGUCGGCACUGGAUGCUCGAGCAGCGGAGUACAACGUGUCUGUUGCGGAGUCCCAGGUGGAGUCGGGCAAACUGGAGGAGAGGGAGCGAGCGCUGGAGAAGUAUUCGGCCUCUCGCAUGUACAGAGAGAAGCGGCUGAAUCAGAACAGACACUAUUGGGGAAAAAUUCCGCCACCGUUGCCUUUCCGCUCUGAAUGAGCAGAGUACAGUAUACCACAAUUGAAGCAUUAAUAGCAUUAUAAUUCUAAUACAUGCGUUUAUUAUUGGGGAGAGUCCAUAUAGGGUCUCAACAUUCGGAA